AUGAAGGGCCCGAGUUCAAUUGUGCUUUUGCUGCUGCUGAUUUCGACUCAAUUUUAUUCACCAGCUGAUGGAUAUAGCCAUCGACACCCGGGAUUUGCCCAACGCUUGCAGAUUAAGCCAGGCUGCUUGCAGGUGCCUCAGAUAUACACCGAAGCUCCAACUCCUACGCCGUCCAUUAUCUUCUCCUCGUUGGAAGAGGUGGGAAUAGAGGGCAUCAGGAGAAUAGAAGCAGAUUAAACAUCUUCCAGAGUAAAUUCCCCUUGAGUGAGAUGCUUCCCCCUUCGACGAGAAACGCCGCAGAGGAUG